AUGGGUAAAGAGAAGGUGGGUUUGGAAGCUCUUGAUCUGGUGUGCGCUGGAUGUGCAGAAGCCCUUCCAAGAUUGACAAAGUGCAUUGACGCACGUGGCCAGGAUUUCAUCAAGGAGCUCAUCGGGUCUGGCCAGGGUGAUGUGGUGAAAUUUUUGGAGAAGGCCAAAGCGAUCCUUGACCCACCAACGCCUUUCCUUGAGAGCUGCCUUUCUACCUGCACCUUGUGCCACUCGGGUUCUGUUGACCUCAAGAUUGACGACCUUGGGGCAAAGUUCAAGGACAUCCUGCCGAUCAUGGCCCAGUAUGCUCAGAUCAGCUGCGUCAACAAGGACCUGAUGAAGGGCAUCUCAGAGGAGAAGGUAAAGCAGUUUGACAAGUUCCUGCGUGACGUGGAUCUAAAGAUCUCUGAGCACGUGGAGGUCUUCAAAGGCAACUACAAACAGCUGGAGCGGCUCAAUGACAAGUACAAGUCAGUCAAGAAGUGUGCGGCUACGUGGCAGAUGAAUGAUGUCAUGUGGAUGUUCGCUUCUGACAAUGAGGAUGUGGAAAGCGAUGUUGCCCUGAUGACAGAGAGUCGAGCGGAUCUUGCCGAGUUUAUGAAAGUUGCGGAGAAGGUGGUCUCCACUUCUGUGCCGACCGAGUCUUUCAAGGGAAUGGCUGCUGAGAUGAAUGAGUUCAUUUCCCAAGCGAAGGCCUUGCGCGAAGAUGUGACCCAGACAGUCGCCAUUCUGGUUGCAGCGUCCGUUUUUCUUGAUCCAGAGCAAGCGGCACAGGCCAAGGGCACGGCCCCGAAGGCAAUGCAAUACUUGGGUUCGGCUUUGGGCAUGACCAUGAAGGACCUACAGGCUCUUUCCCCAAAGUUGGCUUCGAACAUGGCUGAAGUCAUGGGCUCUGAGAGUGGAGGGAGCCGAAAGAGGGCAUCUGAGGGAAAGAGCGCCCAGAGCAAGGGUCAGGAUGAUCCUGGUCUUGACGCAAAGGAGCCAAAGGAUAAGAAAACCAAGAAAGCUGAGCCCAAGGGCGGCGGCAAAAAGCGCAAGGCAGCAGCCGAUGCCAAGUGA